AUGAAACUAAGAAACCAGACUCAGCCUUCAGAAUUCCUUCUCCUGGGAUUCUCAGAGGACCCAGCCCUGCAGCCUCUCACCUUUGGGCUGUUCCUGUCCAUGUACCUGGUCACUGUCAGUGGGAACCUGCUCAUCGUCCUGGCCAUCCUCUCUGACUCCCACCUCCACACACCCAUGUACUUCUUCCUCGCCAACCUGUCCAUGGUGGACAUCUGCUUCACCUCCACCACCGUCCCCAAGAUGCUGGUGAACAUCCAGACGCAGAGCAGAGCCAUCAGCUACGCGGGCUGCAUCACACAGAUGUUCUUCUUCAUCAUCUUUGCAGGGCAAGAAAACUUUCUCCUCACCGUGAUGGCCUAUGACCGGUUUGUGGCCAUCUGUCACCCUCUGCACUACACGGUCAUCAUGCAUGCCCGGCUCUGUGUGCAGCUGGUUCUGGUGUGCUGGACCACCAAUGUCCUGCAUGGUUUCUUACACAGCUUUCUGGUGCUCAGGCUGAGCUUCUGUGCAGAUCUGGAAAUCCACCACUUUUUCUGUGAGUUGAAUCAGGUGGUCCAUCUUGCCUGUUCUGACACCUUUCUCAAUGACCUCAUGAUGUAUCUUGCAGCUGUGCUGCUGAUGGCAGGUCCUUUGUCUGGGAUCCUGUACUCCUACUCCAAGAUCGUCUCCUCCAUCCGGGCCAUCUCCUCAGCUCAGGGCAAGCAUAAAGCCUUUUCCACCUGUGCUUCUCACCUCUCGGUCGUCUCCCUAUUUUAUGGCACAAGCAUAGGUGUGUACCUCAGUGCCAGUGCGGCCCCAAAAUUAGCCUCAACUGCCAUGGCCUCGGUGAUGUACACAGUGGUCACCCCCAUGCUGAACCCCUUCAUCUACAGCCUGAGGAAUAAGGACAUGAAGAGGGCUCUGAAAAGACUACUGGAGGGGAGAAUGAUGGGGUGGUGGGGAGGCAGGGGAAAGCUCAAUGCCUUCUAA